CAACCCCCCAGCGUUCAGUGGUACCGCUUCCUUCGUAGCAGGCGUUUCGCGCGCGUACCUUUGCACUGCGUUCGCGGUUCUCCAUGGAUUUUCUACCCUCCGGAAAGUGUCGUCGAAACGGUAUCCCGUUCCACAUCGAACCACCGGCUAACCCUUCGGUUCGACGCCCCGUUUUAAACCGACCUUCGAUCCCUGUUCGCUCCGCCUCGCGCCUCCGUGCUUUCGCCGAUUAAUUGUCCCGUUUUCUCGUGAAUUACGAGUGUUGUUUUCGACUUUGCGUUCCGUCGUUCGCGGAUUAUCGUUUCCGUUCUAUGACUUCGUUCGCGAAGAACCGGUGUCCACGAUACGUAAAUACCGAGGACUGUGAUUUCUUUGCUACGCGAGCCCCAUGCCAAUUUUUAAAACGUUUCUCAGCAGCCGUAACGAGAAAUCAGAUCCGCUGAACGUAUCUUUUCGCAUACCAUUAAACAGAUUAUUUCUACUGUCGCCAGUGCUAAUUAAUUGGAGGCUUAAUAAUGAAGGACGAUCGCAGGUGCGGAAUAAUCGUUAGUGAAUAGAACAGUUGUUCGGAAGGACGAUUCGAUACGAAAUCGAUACGGUGCUCAUAAACUGGUUUUCGUUUCUCUGGACCUUUGUCCUUGUUUCGAUCGCUGCAAGAAGUUUUCCAAGGAGAAGAAACGUCUCCACGGGCUCCGAUUCGUCGAGGAUCAGCUUUAGGAUGAAUCUGUUCCUACGUUGCCUGAACAACGACAUGCAAGUACGAUGUGUCGCUUGGAGAGCCAUCAGGGUCAUCCUGCUGUAAUGUGGUUAUUACGUAAUGAAAGGAGGAGAAUGCAGAGCGGUAGAGGAGGCUAGAUGAGCCCCAACCCACAGACUGGUGCAUGUGCAGAACACCAAACAAUCGCACGCAAAGCACGAAAACGCACAUCUCCGAGUGGACACGGAAACGUAAACAAGCACAUGUGUGAAAGAAUACGCGGUCCAUCCUUGGCCCGCCAUUUUGGCAGCAUGGUCCUUUGGGCCACUGUACUAUUCCUCCAAGGAGCUGGUUUCGUCGGAUCGGUGACAGGUAUUCCUGGCGUCCCGGAAAAUAUUACAGUGAUGUUUCUGAAUCCGACGUCUGUCCGCGUUUCUUGGAGCACCAGUCAAGUCGAGCAAGUCGAGAAAUACGAUGUCACGUACAAACCAACCGAUGCCAGGAAACACAAUGACAGUUACAGGGUGGUGGCGGAGGUCGCAGGAAACAGCGAAGCGGUAACGUUGAGCGGUCUUAGGGCUGACACGCAAUAUCAACUCAUCGUCACUGCCGUAAGAGCAGGCAAAAAAUUUCGAAGUCGACCAAUCGUCUUCCGUACACUUGAACCGCCACGAACAUCCCCUCAACAGGAUGCAGCGGUAACUGGAGGCCCUCUUCCUCCUCCUCCACCUUCUUCUCAGCAACCACAACCCUACAUACAAGUCCGUGGCGUAGAAGUGGGUAUAGUGGUGAUGGUGUUGAUCUUUUGGGCAGGCGCGAUAGCGCUCUUCUUCAAUCGUUGGGGCAAGAUUCGCAUGUUGCUGCCAUAUCAGCCUGACUACAAGGAACAAUUAAAGGUUCCUGGGACUGGGGUAUGCGCAGCGGCAAACGUCGCAUGCACGCAACACCCGACUCAACACACCUGCUCUCAGCAUCUGCACUGGUCGAACCAUCACGUGGACUCGUUGGAUAGCGGGGGAGGUUUGGGGUGGCCGAGAACCUCGAGGCCGCGGGUGAACAGCGCCAUCGACGUAGCCGGCUUCCUAUCCCAGGAAUUUUUACGGCGUCAUGGUUCAACGUCAAAACUGUGCCGGAAGGUUCGCAGUGCAGAUAACUUGCCACUGGCGUCGACGAAUCGACAAGAUCAACGUAUUUCUAAAGAGGAAGGCAUCGAUGGCGAUAAAGAGUCCUUCCUGAAACCAACACAAGAAGAGAAAUACGAGGAUCUUGAGUCGAAGAAGCAGACUUGCCCCGAGAGUGGUUCGAAGGAUACCCCAGAGAUCUCGUUGCUCGAUCCGAAUAAUCAACAACAGUCUUCAAGGGAUUUCCCAACGGCAUCGUCGUCGUCGUCGUUCGUUGGUCGACGUUUUGGAGGAUGGAGAGCUGGCGGAAGUCACGAAUACGUUCGAUGUCCUGUACGACAACCUGCUUCCAUGGACGAGCGAUGUUAUCGGCGAUCUUACGAUAUAGACGCUCGUCUACCCUGUCAUUUCCACUCUUAUCGACGUGUCGGGAUCGAACGACACUCGAAGAGCUGCGACUACGCGAGACGCACUCCUGAAUCGAGCGUCGACGUCCAACAUUUUGGUCUGCCCAUCCUGAGCGUCAGCGAGCCCAGUCCACCGGACGAGAACGACCGCGUGGACGAGUAUUUGUAGGACUUGCUUGCCGAGGACUUCCUGAAGGAGCUCCUCGUGUGACCCAGCACGAUCACUCUAUUGAUGCGCGUGAUCCAAAACGUCCUGUAUACGCCAAAUUUGAGGUAAACUUCGAAGCAGGACUUUGAAUCGUACAGCGACAAAACCGGAGGAUCAUGGUUCUCGAUGAAGCGACGACAAUUUCGGAGCGAAAUACUCGAUCGAAUCGCUGCGAUUAGCGAGAAGUAAGUCACCGUCAUACGGUGUUUUAAUUCCGGAAUCGAUGAUAUUUUAAUCGCGCCAUCUAUUCAUCAAAUUCACCGGUCAACAUUUUUAUUUUACAUUGGUGCGCAUGUAUGAAGCAUUCUCGGUUGUACGAAAACCGAUUCGAAAGAGGAUUUAAUAUACAAUGGAUCGGUAUCGACGAUACGAACCAGAGAUGGGCAAGAUUUCGUUCGAAUAAUAGAUGAAGGAUAAGAUCAACGUACAGGUAUUCACUCGUAAUAUUUAUUCGAUAGAAUGGUUCAAUUUUUAUUGGUUCGUUGUAGUAUACUUUAUUCGACAAUUCAAUUCUUUAUAUUCCACGAGUAGUAAAUAAAAAGUUGUUUAUCGUUUACUGGAUAUAUUUAUUCGAAUAAGAAUUUUGCCCGUCGCUGGUGGGAUCAUGGGAAAGCAGUGGUGAUUUAUGUCAAAACAAUUUUUGUUUGUUACAAAUUGUUUCGCAUCCUCGGUUACGCCACUGCAGGGUAGUAAAGUUCUAGAUUACGUGACAGUAAAUUCAAAGAGAAAUUCUUUGCUGCGAUACACUAUCGAUUGCCACUGUUAACACUUUGUCUACCGGGAGUCUAUUCGUAGGCUUUUUAAUUCCAAUGUCUACCCGUCCGCAAUUUAUUAACUGUGUCGUUGGUUGUCUACUUACAAUGCUCAAUUUGAGGAAACAGAGAGGGAUUUUAACGUACGUUAUAACAGUAUGCACAAGUUAUUGUCAGCCUACGUUAAUAUACGGUGACUGUAGAAAGUAUUCAUACAUCGAUCAAUUUCUUUUUUAUAAACAAUGAUAUUCUACACAUUCUUGGGAAUCUUUAGAAUAGAUUUAGUAGAAAAAAGAAUUAUUUAUUUAUAUAAGUUGCGAAAUUAACACGAGAAAACAAUAAAUCGAUAGAAAUAUAGAAGCAAUAAGUAUCCGUACAUUUGUAUUUAUUUAUUUUACUGCUUCAAACCAUAAAUGGCUUAUACACCAUACAAUAGUUGUGAUAAAUACAAUUUAGUUACAUCAAAUUCUUAUAUUACAGUCUUUGAGAAAACUAUUAAUAAUUGUUAACCCUUUAAUUCGUACAUUUGUUAAGUUUUUAAUACUUCAUGAAAGGAAACGAAAUUUACAUUAAUUUAUAAAUAAUUAAUACUUUGUGGAAUUUCCUUUUGAUUUUAUAAUUGCUGUAACUCAUCUUGACAUUAAAUUAACUAAGUGUCGAUGUUAUUCGAGGUGGGAUCUUUUUCCAUUCGUCUAUUAGAGCAUUUUUUUAAACUUCUUUAUUGGAAAUUUGAUGUUUUCUAAUUCGUACGAAGCAAUAACCUGAUGUGUUUAUGUUACGAAAUCUACUGUGAAUGUUUCGUCAUAAGAAUCGUACAAAUACUUACUGCUUCUAUACUUUUACCCACUUUUCACAUUUGUUUGUUAAUUUCACAAACUAUAUUAACUAGUAAAUGUUGUUCGGACUAUAUCUAUCUUAGAGACUUUCGAGAAUAUAUGUAAAAUAUCAUUGAUUAUAAAAAAAGAAGUUAAGAAACUACAAUUUCACAGAAAAGUUUGUUGGGAAAUUGAUCGCUGUACGAAUACAUUCUACACCCACUGUAGCGAAGAUUGUUUCUUUAUAAAUGAAUAUAUGUAUACUGUCCUUCUUGAAACCAAACGAUUUUUGUAAACAACAGCAUUAGAGGAGAUAUUGAGGUUACUUCAUUUUAGUGGGACAUCCUGUAUAGUAAUGCAAGGCUCAUGCUGAAAUCUAUUUGCCAACAAGCCAAGAACUCUGUUCAAUUAAUCGCCU